AUGUCACCAAAUAAUAGUAAUGAUAAUAUAACUGCGUCAGAAAUUUCAAUAGCUGAAAAAAAAAUCACUUCUGAAAAACUGGCUAAUAUGUUACUAUUAGAAGGUCCCAUGCCAAUUAGAGCUAUCGUAAAAGGUUUAAUUAAAGAUAUUCCAUUAGUUAAAGAGUUUUCACCUUCUAAACAGAGAAGAGUCAUAAUGAGGAUCAUGGCAAAAGGUGAUAUCAGCAGAAGUAUUAUUUUUAAAAAAGUAGGAUGGGGUCAAUGGUCUGCAAAGGAAGUACCAAAAUCUGAAUUCGAAACACAAAGAGCUUUAACUAAUGAUUUUAAUUCUAAUUUUAUUGAAAGUUCGUUACAUAAAAAAUCAUACACACAAACAUUCGAUUCUAAUGAUGUCGACGAAAAUGCACUUACCUCAGAUAAUGAGGAUGAUGAUUCUGAUAUCAAUGAUAAUUUAAGAUUGGCAAGAAUUAAUCAUCAUAUGAAAAGAUCAAGAAGGUAUAGCAUCUCAUUAAAAUCAAGAUCUAGAGUCAAUUCAAUCACUGAAGAACCACAAUUCAUAAACUCAAGAGUUAAUAAACAUUCUACUUUCUUAUUAGGUGCUAAUGCAAAAAGAAGAAAAAGUUCAGUGGUUCUUACAAGUCCACAUUGGAGAAAUAAUUUUAAUUUUAAUCAAAGUAAUAAUAAACUCAAUAGCGAUUCUACUUUGGUAUCUGAUAAUGAAAUUUUAAAUAAUGAUAAUGACAGUGAUACAGUAUCUCGUGAAGAAAAAAACUAUACUCAUCAACCUCGCUAUUUGCCAAAACUUAAACCAAUUCCAAUUGGUAAUAAUUUCUCUUUUGUUCCGAAAACGAUCCCAUCUUAUAAUUUAGAAACAAAUAGCUUCACAUAUGAUUCCAUAUCAAAUUCACCUGUUACCGAUAUAAUGAGUAACCAAAUCCAUUCAUCAACAAAUCAUUACAUCAUUACUCAUGGUAAUUCGCCUCAGAAAAGACAAAACUCAACAAGCAACGAUGCAAUUAAUGAAUCCUCCGUAAGGUCGACUCUGGACCCACUUGGAAACGGUGCCACUGUCGAAACCUCUUCCGCUUCCGAAACAGAAGACGAAGAUUGGGAGUCGAUCGGUGCCCUGUCCUUAAGGUCGUCUAGUUAUACACUUCUAUCGAAACAAAGCCAGAGAAGACCUAGUAGACCGUUGCAUAAUUCUCAUGACGAUACUAACGUAGCUGCACUAUUACUAAGUUUAAAAUCAUAA